AUGCGACCCACUUAUCCCCGAACCCGAGCCGAAGCUGACCUAACAAUUUCUCGAGAUUUGCCAUCCUCAAUAAAUGUUGUGUGCCAGCCAUCUCCGCUCCUCCAUCCUUGCCACGAACAUCCAUCAGUCACUCGCCACUUAACUAUGGCUAGCCUUUCAUCGUGUGCGAUGCGCUCGGCGUCCCGCCUGGGUCGCAACUCAGCGCUUGGUCUGACCCUCAAGAGCACUGCCCGUGCUGCUACAAUUAUCGGCGGCGCCAGGAGGCGAACAUAUGUUACCGGAUCGAAGCCCAACAACGCUCAAGUCGAGACAGCCAUCAAGCUGGACAAGAAGGACUUUGCUGGCAUUCCUCCUUCGAUGAUGCAGAAUGGCAGUGAGAUGAAGAUUAGCCCCAUGGCAGAGGUCCUCAAAGAUGCUGCCAUUAUGGAGGAGGGCCAACGGCCAAUCUAUCUCGACAUGCAAGCGACGACGCCCGUCGAUCCCAGAGUCCUCGAUGCUAUGAUUCCGUACUACGUCGGCGUCUACGGCAACCCGCACUCCCGGACGCACGCUUACGGCUGGGAGAGUGAGAAGGCUGUUGAGGAGGCCCGUGAACAUAUUGCCAGCCUCAUCGGCGCCGACUCCAAGGAGAUUAUCUUCACAAGCGGCGCGACUGAGAGCAACAAUAUGAGCAUCAAAGGUGUCGCCCGCUUUUUCGGGCGCUCCGGCAAGAAGCGACACAUCAUCACUACACAGACUGAGCACAAGUGUGUGCUUGAUAGCUGCAGACAUCUUCAGGAUGAAGGCUUUGAGAUCACAUAUCUGCCUGUUCAGAACAACGGUCUCGUCAACAUGGAUGAGCUCAAGGCGGCCAUCCGUCCCGAAACCGCGCUCGUCAGCAUCAUGGCUGUCAACAACGAGAUCGGCGUCAUUCAGCCGAUCGCAGAGAUUGGCAAGCUGUGCCGUGCCAACAAGAUCUUCUUCCAUACCGAUGCUGCUCAGGCCGUUGGCAAGAUUCCCCUCGAUGUCAACGCCAUGAACAUUGACCUUAUGUCUAUUUCCUCGCAUAAGAUUUACGGCCCCAAAGGCAUUGGUGCCUGCUACGUCCGUCGCCGUCCUCGUGUCCGUCUGGAUCCCCUCAUCACUGGUGGUGGACAGGAGCGUGGUCUUCGCAGCGGCACUUUGGCACCCCCUCUGGUUGCCGGCUUCGGCGAGGCCUGCCGCAUCGCCAAGGAAGAAAUGGAGUACGACACCAGGCGCAUCAAGGCCAUGUCUGAUCGCUUGCUCAAGGGUCUGCUCUCCAUGGAGCACACGACGCAGAACGGCGCGCCUGACGCCUUCUACCCUGGCUGCGUGAACGUCUCUUUUGCGUACGUCGAGGGCGAGUCUCUGUUGAUGGCUCUCAAGGACAUUGCUCUGUCCUCGGGCAGUGCAUGCACUUCAGCUUCGCUCGAGCCCAGCUAUGUCCUCCGUGCUCUCGGAAACAGUGAUGAGAGUGCCCACAGUAGUAUCCGAUUCGGUAUUGGUCGUUUCACGACCGAGGCUGAGAUUGACUACGUGCUGAAGGCCGUCGACGAGCGUGUUACCUUCCUGCGCGAGCUGAGCCCGCUUUGGGAGCUGGUGCAAGAGGGUAUUGACCUCGACACCAUUCAAUGGAGCCAGCACUAA